AUGCCAUAUGGAGACGAACAGUUGGUAAAAUCCCCGCCAAGGCCCCUGCAACCCGGGGACUCUAGCUUGGAAAAACAGAAUAUCAAUAAUUCCGGGCUUAAACUAACUCCACGAGACACACGUCACACCACAACAGACACUCCACGAGACACACAACGUUACACCAAAACAGACACUCCACAAAACUCACAACGUUACACCACAACAGACAGUCCACGAGAAACACGGCGUCACACCACAACAUACACUCCAAGAGACACACAGCGUUACACCAUAACAGACACUCUGCAAAACUCACAACGUUACACCACAACGUACACUCCACAAAACUCACUACGUUACACCACAACAGACACUCCACAAAACUCACAACGUUACACCACAACAGACACUCCACAAAACUCACAACGUUACACCACAACAGACACUCCACAAAACUCACAACGUUACACCACAACAGACACUCCACAAAACUCACAACGUUACACCACAACAGACACUCCGCAAAACUCUCAACGUUACACCACAACAGACAGUCCACAAAACUCACAACGUUACACCACAACAGACACUCCGCAAAACUCACAACGUUACACCACAACAGACACUCCGCAAAACUCUCAACGUUACACCAUAACAGACAGUCCACGAGACACACAACGUCACACCACAUCAGACACUCCAAGAGACACACAGCGUUACACCACAACAGACACUCCAAAAGACACACAACGUUACAUCACAACAGACACUCAACAAAACUCACAGCGUCACACCACAACAGACACUCUACGCGACACACAACGUUACACCACAACAGACACUCCACGAGACACACAACGUUACACCACAACAGACACUCCACGAGACAAACAACGUUACACCACAACAGACACUCCACGAGACACACAGCGUUACACCACAACAGACACUCCAAGAGACACACAACGUUACACCACAACAGACACUCCAAGAGACACACAACGUUACACCACAACAGACACUCUAAGAGACACACAGCGUUACACCACAACAUACACUCCACAAAACUCACAGCGUUACACCACAACAGACACUCCACAAAACUCACAACACAGUCCACGAGACACACAACGUCACACCACAACAGACUCUGCAAGAGACACACAGCGUUACACCACAACAGACACUCCACAAAACUCACUACGUCACACAAAAACAGACACUGCAAGAGACACACAGCGUUACACCACAACACACACUCCACAAAACUCACAACGUCACACCACAACAGACACUCCACAAAACUCACAACGUUACACCACAACAGACACUCCACAAAACUCACUACGUUACACCACAACAGACUCUCCACAAAACACACAACGUUACACCACAACAGACACUCCACAAAACCCGCAACGUUACACCACAACAGACAUUCCACAAAACUCACUACGUUACACCACAACAGACACUCCACAAAACACACAACGUUACACCACAACAGACACUCCACAAAACUCACAACGUCACACCACAUCAGACACUCCACAAAACUCCCAACGUUACACCACAACAGACACUCCACAAAACUCACAACGUUACACCACAACAGACACUCCACGAGACACACAACAUCACACCACAACAGACACUCCACAAAACUCACAACGUUACACCACAACAGACACUGCACAAAACUCACAACGUCACACCACAACAGACACUCCACAAAACUCACAACGUCACACCACAACAGACACUCCACAAAACUCACAACGUCACACCACAACAGACACUCCACAAAACUCACAACGUCACACCACAACAGACACUCCACGGGACACACAACGUUACACCACAACAGACACUCCACGAGACACACAACGUUACACCACAACAGACACUGCACAAAACUCACAACGUCACACCACAACAGACACUCCACAAAACUCACAACGUCACACCACAACAGACACUCCACAAAACUCACAACGUCACACCACAACAGACACUCCACGAGACACACAACGUUACACCACAACAGACACUCCACAAAACUCACAACGUCACACCACAAUAGACACUCCACGAGACACACAACGUUACACCACAACAGACACUCCACAAAACUCACAACGUCACACCACAACAGACACUCCAAGGGACACACAACGUUACACCACAACAGACACUCCACGAGACACACAACGUUACACCACAACAGACACUCCACGAGACACACAGCGUCACACCACAACAGACACCCCACAAAACUCACAACUCACACGUCACACCACAACAUUCACUCCACGAGUCACACGUCAAACCACAACAUUCACUCCACGAGACACACGUCACACCACAACAUUCACUCCACGAGACACACGUCACACCACAACAUUCACUCCACAAGACACACGUCACACCACAACAUUCACUCCACGAGACACACAGCGUCACACCACAACAUUCACUCCACGAGACACACGUCACACCACAACAUUCACUCCACGAGACACACGUCACACCACAACAUACACUCCGCGAGACACACAACGUCACACCACAUUAUUCACCUCACGAGACACACGUCACACCACAACAUUCACUCCACGAGACACACGUCACACCACAACAUUCACUCCGCGAGACACACAACGUCACACCACAACAUUCACUCCACGGGACACACGUCACACCACAACAUACACUCCACGAGACACACGUCACACCACAACAUUCACUCCGCGAGACACACAUCACACCACAACCUUCACGCCGCGAGACACACAACGUCACACCACAACAUUCAUUCUACGGGACACACGUCACACCACAACAUACACUCCACGAGACACACGUCACACCACAACAUUCACUCCGCGAGACACACGUCACACCACCACAACAUACACUCCACGAGACACACAUCACACCACAACAUUCACGCCGCGAGACACAUAA